CCUGAUCGGGUAGCUUCCAAAACCCCUCGCAGUUUGACACCAUGAGCCCGGUGUGUUGUCGUGAAGUUCAGGCUGAGCUCCUGGCCCAGCAGACGGGGGGGCCGACGGAGGCGGUCACUCGCCAAGUCCUGCUUUGGAGGCCCCCGCCCCAGGCACAGACUCACCCAGGACGGCCUCCAGCCAGACCCCAGGAUUCUCUUGGUGUCAUUCCUCAGUCGACUAGGGAUGCAGAUAGUGAUGAUGGUGUUUUUCACGUCCCCAUGGAUCUCUGUGCCUUUUUUGGGAAAAUAAUUGUGUAUCACCGCAUCUGUUACAUGUAACAGCAGUGCGCGUAUAAAAUAGUAUAUCCUCCUUACCUGUUUUUGUUUUUCUUCUCACCAAGCAGCAGAUAAAGCUUUGGGUGAGCUGAAUGUAGCGGAAGGUGGGGAGAGCUAGACUGCAGGUUUCAUAGCCACGCUGGGGCCUGACCAGGAGCUGCCAUGCCGUCUGCGUGAAGGUGGACGGUGACUGCCACCAGCCGUCACCCGUGGGCCUUGGGAACGCGGCCUGUCCACGCUGGGGGCUUGUCUUCCAACUUCUCUGCUCCCCAGUGCCUGUGCUGUCCUCGGAGGGUUCUUCCUGGGCCCCACUUGCCGUUACAAGCUGUCACCUCACGUGCCCCACAGCUGUUUUGUGUGUGUCCGGCCUUACCUGGAGGCCUUACCUGGUGGCAUCUGCAGGCCCGCAGUUAUGACUGGGUUUCCCACGGUAGAGGAUGUCCUGUGCCGUCACCCCUACGUCCACCCAAGUCUCCCCUUUCUCCUCCUGCACCCUAGUGGAUGGUUGGACCCACCAGGCCUUUCUAGAGCCCCCUAUCCGCCCCCGCCCUGCCUUGGUGUGGCCCUGACUCACCUGCACACUCUGUGGUCCUGGGUCUGUUAUGUGCGUCUUUCCCACUUGAUUUCUGAGCCAGACUGAACACGGGCACUGGGUCUUGAACAUCUUUCCCCAAAUUUAAUGCAGGAGCUGGCCUGGAAAAUUCACAGCCUCCAUUUGGUGACUGUGGAUAAGACAUCCCAUCUUCUGAUGACACAGAGUUUCCCAAACUUAUCUAGCUCUGAAUUUUAAAAUUACGUGUAACUUGUCCUCUUCCUUUUGGAUGUCUGAUGAAUUUUAAAGCAGAAUGUUUCCCAGCACUUUGGAGUGGCAUUCCUUGUGUUCACGUGAAUUCCAUGAACCCUCUUGACGUGAGAAUGUGGUGUUUUUACAGAUGCCUGCUCUGUGCCUAUUUCCGAGAUCAUCACUGUUGAAGAAACAGACAUCAAUGGGAAACACUACACCAGUGGAAAAUGGCAGAAAAUGGAAAAGCCUUAUGCUUUCACAGUGCAUCGUGUGAGGAGGGCCCGGCGGCACCGCUGGAGGUGGGCGCAGGUGACCUUCUGGUGUCCUGAGGAACAGCUGUGCCACCUGUGGUUGCAGAGCCUCCGGGAGCUACUGGAGAAGCUGACAUCUAGACCAAAGCACUUACUGGUGUUCAUCAAUCCGUUUGGAGGGAAAGGACAAGGCAAGCGGAUCUAUGAGAGAAAAGUGGCGCCGUUGUUUACACUGGCCUCCAUCACCACCGAGAUCAUUGUUACUGAGCAUGCUAAUCAUGCCAAGGAGAGUUUAUAUGAGCUCAAUAUAGACAAAUAUGACGGCAUCGUCUGUGUGGGCGGAGACGGCAUGUUCAGCGAGGUCCUGCACGGCCUGCUGGGCAGGACGCAGAGGGACGCCGGCGUGGACCAGGACCAGCCCCGGGCGGCGCUCGUGCCCAGCCCGCUAAGGAUCGGCGUCAUCCCUGCGGGGUCGACAGACUGUGUGUGUUACUCCACGGUUGGCACGAGCGACGCGGAGACCUCGGCCCUGCACAUCGUCGUGGGGGACUCUCUGUCCAUGGACGUGUCCUCUGUGCACCACAACGGCACGCUGCUGCGGUACUCAGUGUCCCUGCUGGGCUACGGCUUCUACGGGGACAUCAUCAAGGACAGCGAGAAGAAGCGGUGGAUGGGUCUCGUCAGAUACGACUUCUCAGGUUUGAAGACCUUCCUCUCCCAUCACUGCUACGAAGGGACAGUGUCCUUCCUGCCAGCACAGCACACGGUGGGCUCCCCAAGGGACAGGAAACCCUGCCGGGCGGGGUGCUUUGUCUGCAGGCAGAGCAAGAAGCAGCUGGAGGAGGCGCAGAAGAGGUCGCUGUACGGCUUGGAGGGCGCCGAGGAGGUGGAAGAGUGGAAGGUCAUCUGCGGGCAGUUCCUGGCCAUCAACGCCACCAACAUGUCCUGUGCUUGUCCCCGGAGCCCCCAGGGGCUCUCCCCGGCUGCCCACCUGGGAGACGGGUCUUCCGACCUCAUCCUCAUCCGGAAGUGCUCCCGGUUCAACUUCCUGAGGUUUCUUGUCAGGCACACCAACCAGGGCGACCAGUUUGACUUCACUUUUGUCGAAGUCUAUCGCGUCAAGAAGUUCCAGUUUGUGUCGAAGCCUGCGGAGGACGAGGACGGCAGCGUCCGGGGCCGCGGGAAGAAGCGAUUGGGGCAGCUGUGUAGCGACCGCCCCCCGUGCUGCUGCGCCGUCUCCAGCAGCGCCUGGAACUGCGACGGGGAGGUUCUGAGCAGCCCUGCCAUCGAGGUCAGGGUCCACUGCCAGCUGGUCCGGCUCUUUGCACGAGGAAUCGAAGAGAACUCGAAGCAGGAGUCACACUGCUGAGACGCCGUCUCGCAUCACGGCCUUCUUGCUGAGCUUGGCAAGUGGGCACGGUAUUUAAGAAAAUUACUAUAGACCAAUUACGCUGAUAGGCAUUCAAACGUAGAAGUUUAUUUUUGAUAGUUAAAUCUUGAUUUUAGAAAAAAUACCUUUUGUCAACAGUUUUGUGGGCCUAGUUGGCAUUUUCAGUUCUACGUGAGUCUUUGGGUUGCGUUUCACGUAACUUAUCCUCGGCAAGUGGCGCUUGUUGAUUGGGGAGCGCUCGGCUUCUGAGAUCUCGGCCACGCUGACGGCGCAGAUGUUAAAACGGCCCAUUUGUGGCUCUGUCGCAGUAACUGCAGGGACAGCGCGACGUGAGUGCUUUCCGUCAAGGUCACGCCACCAGGACACGAGUGUCUACAGGGUCACCGACGUGCUUGGCGAGACUCACCCUGUAGCGGCUUGUGAUCCAGUUUUGGAAAGUAGUUGGCUCUCUUUGCCUUUGUAGAGUCCCUGCAUCUUAACUUGCCAUUGAGACGUUAGCACCGGGCCCUUUCUGUGCCGUGCAGCUACAACGCGACGUCACGGUCCUGCUUGAAGUGACACUCCCAGAGUAGCCCACUCUAGUGAGUGAGAAGAACACUCCAAGUAACGAUACUGUAGCUUGAAAAGUCACGGUAGUGUUUCUAGACAAUCCAGCUGGGAGCGAGAACACGUCAGGAGCUCUGGAAACGGGCAGCUUGCAAAGCACGCGCAGGGUUUUAAAUUAACUCUUUUAAAUUUGGAAUCCCCGAGCUUUCUAUCUGCACAGCGGGGAUGCCAUAGCUGGGCUUUGGGGGGAGACAGAAAGCAGUGGAGCGCGGUGGGUGAGACGUUCUUGCGCGCGCUGUGUGAACUCCAGGCCCAGCUCCCCACCCCCAGGGGAGGGUCCCACGCCCCGGGGUCCCUUGGGCGCAGCCCCGAGUCUGUACCACGUGGUCCAGGUUUCUUCCUUUCUUAUGUUCAUACUUAUUUCUAUAUAUUUAUUGAAAGUUCUGGCCUUUAAACCAGAAGAGGAUAAACGGUGUCCUCACUGUCAGUGUUUUCGUUUGUUUCUGCCCAAGUGCUGGGGCCUCCCCGGGCCCAGGGGCGCCCCUCGCCUGGGCCUUGUUUUGUCUGUGUUCGUGCUUCGGUGUGUGGAAGACGCACCUAAAACAGCUUUAGUUGAAACGUGAGAGGACGCAGCUUCACCUUGGAUUCGUGAAGAGGGGGUUCGACUGUUACACGAGAGGCGGUGUGAGCGGCCGCCGCCUUUCACGCAGGGUCCGGGCAGCCGCUUUAGCAUCUAACAGACGUCAUUUAUUUUUGGAACUCCUUUGCAGUGAUUUCUGUUUGGAAGUACACGUGAAAGGUCCUGUUUCACCAUUCAGUCCCGCCCAGGGCAGAUGAAAGGGCAGCCUCAACAGUGGUUUUUCAGGAGACCAUGUUAUUAAGUGAUGGUGCAAGUCGAAUGAUUUGAUAACUGGCGGGCGAGAGAAAAGUCUGGGGAUGAGGAGGAGAGAGACGCUGCCGUCUUGUUGGCGUUUGCCCCCCCGGUGGGGAGGAAGCCGGAGGCGCACGAGCUCUGUGCGGGGGCCGUGGGCGCCGCGGACGCGCCGCCGUGGAAGUGAUUGCGCUGCUCCACCAGGGUCCCCGAGCGGGUCUCCAGUCUCUAUCGUCCCUGGGAAACGUUUCAAUCACUGGCCUGCCCUGAAAUGCACUGCCAAUUGUAGAAAAACCAUCCAGGCCAGAGGGUGAGCAUUUUACGUUCAGGCAGAAACCCCGCCACGCCACAUGGUUCCCGCGUGCCUUGGCGACAUUCACCGACUGCUUGCUGACAUUCAAAAUGGCAGACCUCGGAGCUGCCCCCGGAGGCCGUGUGGCUGUCCGAGGGCCGCCCCGCCCCAGCCCGGGAGCUGUGGCUGUCCCGCCGGAGUACCACCUUUCCGACCUUGCGGCCGUGAGGACCCUGAGCGGGGCGACUCCAGCGCCUGCACUGCGCGAUUUUAAGAAAAGAGGCAGAACUGAUGGCCGCACGGUGAAAGCCUGGGGUCGCUGAGCAGCGUUAGUCUAGGUUGCUAACCUCCUGUGGGGCCUGUUGGCGCAGCGGUGAGGCCCGGACCCUCCUCCUGGUCCUCCCGAUGGUGAGCGGGGGCGGCGCGGGGCUGCCCCUGGGCGGGCGGCUGACUCUGUCCUUACUGCAGUCCCGUGAAACUGGGCGGUGUGGGCAGAAAGUGGCUUAAUUUCCUUUCUAGUCUUGCUGGCUUCAAGAUUAGAAAAUGGUGACAUUUGCUCUGAUAUGUUUCAGAAGACAAAUAAAGUUGUUACUUUGGGCAGGACGUGGCUUCUUUUUUCUCUUAUGAGUUUCCUGUUGUUUUUCAAAGCAGAGUAUUUUUUUGUGAAAACACGUACAAUUUAAAGAACAAGAGUAAAAUGAACAACGGGGUACCUACCACGCAUGCCAAGAAACUGAACUUCACCCCCAGGCUCCGUGUGCCCUCGUGGGCUGAGCCUCCCCUGCCUCCACCGAAGAGGUAACUACUGUUUCCAAAUUUGAGGGUAUCAUUUCCUUGCUUUACCCAUGAGAGGGGAUCAGAAUGUGGCGGCCGCAAACGCGCCGCUUCGGCGUAAGGACUGUUCUGAGCGGAAGACGGCUAAGAAGUGGCAGAUGCCAGAAAGAGCUCUCUGCCCUCCCCCACCUGCCUGAAAGGACGUAUCUUCCUCUUCGUGAGGGUGUGCCCCUCUUCUCUCCUGGGCCCCCUUUGUCCCUGGAGACAAAGUUAGCACUGAGGUGGUGCUGCGCAAACCAACCUUAAUGAGACAACGCUUCUCCUCCGUUAGCUUCUCCAUAUAGAAUUCCCCAAUACGUUAACUUUACCCUAGAAGCCCAAACUCCCUUUCCUUUGUUUUGUCACUUCUUGUCAAAUGUAUUGCCCUUUAUUAAAAUCCAUAUAAGGCCCUGGGUCUGACCACCUCUUUGGGUCUCCACUGCUUUUCUACAAAGGCCUGGAGGCACAUUAAAAAAAUUAAAUAUUAGCAUUAGAUAAAAAUUGUAUGCCGUUUCUUCUAAUUUGCCUUUGGUCAGUUUAAUUCACAGACCCCAAGAGCUGAACCUAAGAGGGUAGAAGAAAGGUGUUUUUUUUUUUUUUUCCUUCCCCUACUUUUGUUUAUAUUCUCAGACAGUAUAGUUUUUCAGGUUUUGCUCUUUAUGUAAAGGCAUCAUACUGUGUCAUUUUCUGUAUCCUGUUUCAUUCUGUGGGUAUUAAGAAGACGUUUUCAUCAUGAAACUGAAUUUUCCAGUCUAUGACCAUUGCAUAUAUUUCCCGUUAUGUAAGUAAGUCCUCAUCCGCAUCUUUCAAUACAGGUUAAUAAUUUUUCCAUAUGUCUCUUAAUUUUGUUUAGAUUUGUUCUUAAAAACCUCCUAUUUUGAGGCUGUUAUCCUUUAAAAGUUUUGUUUUUAUGUAGAAAUGCAGUGGCUUUUUAUGUAUCAGAUUCUCUCCAGAAAAACUUGCCUCUUAUUCUUCUGCGGAUUUGGGGGGCUUUUCUAUAAUCACAAGUAUUUGAGCAUCAUCCUUUGCAACCUCACUGGCGCUGUGACGCCAGCCUUUGACAGUGGAGGACACCGGGGUCCACAGCAGGAAGGGGCUGGGCUUCCCGGUUCCAGUGUGUUUGGGGGGCAGAUCUCCGCCAGCCGGACAGCUUCCCCACACACGGGGCGGCGGGGGGGUCUCCCGGACCCUCAGCUCCCAGGCAGAGGCUGCUCCCCAAGAUUCCGGCGGCCUUCA